GUGAACAGAGGGCGGUUUGGCUGGGGCUCUGGAGCAAGCGUGCGUGUGCGCGCGCGUGGCGACUGGAGGCCGCCCUGCUGCCUUCUCCCCUGGCAAACGCCGAGCCGGCGCCAGCGCCUCCUGCAGACCGCGGGUUUUGGUCAAAUUGGGAGAGGGCACACAAUAUCCACUUACCCCUUCUCACCGAGGAAGAGUGGGAGAAAGGGUAUGGCGCAGUCUCAAGGCUGGGUGAAAAGAUACGUCAAGGCCUUUUGUAAAGGCUUCUUCGUGGCGGUGCCUGUGGCAGUGACCUUCCUCGACCGGGUGGCCUGCGUGGCAAGAGUGGAGGGAGCGUCGAUGCAGCCCUCUCUGAAUCCCGGAGGGAGCCAGUCGUCCGACGUGGUGCUUUUGAACCACUGGAAAGUGAGGAAUUUCGAAGUCCAGCGUGGCGACAUCGUGUCAUUGGUGUCCCCCAAAAACCCAGGACAGAAGAUCAUUAAGAGAGUGAUCGCUCUGGAAGGAGAUAUUGUAAAAACCAUCGGACACAAAAACCGCUACGUCAAGGUGCCUCGCGGCCACAUCUGGGUGGAAGGCGACCACCACGGCCACAGCUUCGACAGCAACGCUUUCGGGCCCGUUUCCCUGGGACUCCUGCAUGCCCACGCUACCCACAUCCUGUGGCCCCCCGAGCGCUGGCAGAAGCUGGAGUCCGUGCUGCCUCCCGAGCGCCUGCCGGUUCAGAGCGCAGAGGAGUGAGCACGCCGGCUCCCCGCCUGCACCGACCGCAGGAAGAGGAUCCCGCCACGGUGACGAGGCCGCGCAGGAAACACGGCUGUCACAUGAAGAUGAUCAGAGAGUUCUAAAAUAUUAAACAGUAUUAAAUGGCACCUGAUUUUGUGGUUAACUGUAAUGCACUAUUGUUUCAUGCCC